AUGUGGAUCGUAUACCACUCCAUUGACUAUUUCAUCUUAGAUCGGUGGCGGCGCCAAUGUCCAGGCCGCACCGAAGUCGCGCCGCUCCCGCACCCGCGCGCCGCUCACAUGGGGUGCCGCGGCGUCCUGCUGUGCCUGCUGCUGUGCGCCACGCUCUCCACACAGUUCGCGUCAGGCACAGGUUGGAACGUGUCGAGCGUGGAUGUAUCGAAUGUGGCGGGUGAGGCGGGUGAGGCUGGCUCGGUAGUGGUGACGGCGGUGCUGGCGGGCGACGGGAAGGCGGGCGCGGCGCUGGGCGCGCUGGCGGUGGCCGUGCUGCGACGCGCCGGGCUGCGCGCGCGCGUCGCUCCACCACCGGACGCGUGCCGCGCCGCACCUGCGUCACGCGCGUGUCGCGAUGCCGCGCUGGCCGCGCUGGCUGCCGCGCGCCUACACGUCGCGCUGCUGCCCGUGCCCGCAGCCGCUGCUCCCGCCGCCUGGCUAUUGCGUGACUACGGCCUCGACGAGUUCGGCGACGCUACGCCGCCCGCGCGCCGCGCCUGCUUGCGUCUACCGCACGUACCGCGCGCCCGUGUCGCGCGCUCGUUACUCGACCUCGCCGACCCCGACGUCGCACGCCUCUACCAAGUGACGCAGCUCAGGCUUGACCUCGCACUUCGAUCCAUCAACGACUCCCGAGUUUCCAUCGAACUCUUCGAACCCCCGUGGUGUAGCAAUUCCAAUGGAACUUGUGCACUCACAUUAACGAGUGACAAGAGCGAAGCAAUGGUUCUUCUUGACACCGCUUUGAAGUUUCAACUGCGCAUGCGAAUAUUGUCGCUGGGUCCCUACUUGGCGGUCACGGUGACCACACUCGGCCAUCCCGCGCCGCUUUUCUGCGAUUGGGCUCCAGAGUGGACUGACCUCAAAAUGCUACCCGCUAUAAGACUAGGACCGCCGCCGUGUUCGCCCUACACGAAACAACUGGCAGAUUCGGUCACGGACUGCCCGUUCGAAAGCUUGCGACUUAUGAAAUUCGCCAACGUAAAGGCUUUGGCACGCUCCACCGCCGCCGUGCGAGCUCUCGUUAGUUUCAAACUCAGUUCGGAAGAGAUCAGAGAAUUAACAGCUCGUGCGCGCAGCGGCGCCGACCCUGACGUGAUUGCGACAGAAUUUCUGGACGCGCAUCCAAAGAAGGAGCGGCGCGGCGAGGUACGCGUGGUCGUGAUGAUGCCCAGAGUAACGGCGCGCGAGGCGUACGAGGCGUCGCAGCUGGCGGCCGCCGCCGAGCUCGUGGAGGCUGAACUCGAAGUAGCCGGUGUGCCGCGCACCGCGCGCCUCAAGGUGGAGCUGUUCGACGACAAGUGCGACGUGCGGCAGGCAUACAAGUACAUGUUGAACGCGCUGGGCACGGGCGAGUACGGCGCGCUGUCAGCGGUGGCGGGGCCGGCGUGCGGCGGCGCGUUCGCGGCGGUGGCGCGCCAGAGCCCGGCGCACCUGCUGCCCGUGCUGGCGUACUCGGCGCAGGCGCCGGCGCCGGCCGCCGCGCUUCUGGCGGCGGGUGACGCACGCGACGUGGCCGCCGCGCUGGACGCGCUGGCGCACCGCUUGGCCUGGCGCCGCGCCGCCGCGCUCAGCGAGCCCGCUGCGCGCGCCGCUCUCGAUCCAACGCGACUGCAUCUCGCGCUCGAGGUGCACCUCGACCUGCCCGACCCACUGCCCGACGACGACGGACAGAUAUUCAUUGAGUGGGCGCGGCGCGUGGCGGCGGCGGACCUGCGCGUGGUGGUGGUGAGUGCGGAGGAUGCGCGCGUGGUGCGCGCGGCGCUGUGCGCCGGGCACGGCGCCGGGCUGCUGCCGGGCGCGGGCGCGGCCUGGCUGCUGCCCGCCGCGCUGCCGCCCACCUGGCUGGCACCUGCGCCCGCCGACCGGCCCGCCUGCACGCGCGCGCAGCUGCGCCAGGUAGCGCAGGGACACCUCAGCUUCGCGCCGCACUGGCUCGCCGCCUGGCGCAAUGAGACCGACCGCUCCACCGAUCCGCUUCCCGCACAACAACACAUAGCGCAGCGGCAGAGCUGGGAGGUGCGGUGGCGGGCACGCUGCGCGGCUUGGGCGCGGCGCAGCGGUGGUGCGACGGGCGGCGAGGCGGUGGGCGGCGGAGUGGCGGGCGGCGGGGCGACGGAGUGCGCGCGCGCCGGUCCGUUGCCCGCGCUGUUGUACGACACGCUGCGCCUGUGGGCAGUCGCGCUCGACCGCGUGUUGGCCGCGCGCUCCGCGCUGCUCGCCGCCCUGCACGACCCCGACAUCGUCCGGAGCCUCAUGGACAACGCAACACAGAGCAACUUCAGCGGGCUGACGGGGGAGUUCUCAUGGGUGCGAGAAGGCGCGGGCGCUGCGCGCGUGUCGCCGCUGGUUCUGCUGCAGUGGGAGAACGGCACGCGGCGUGAGGUUGGGCGCUGGCGGCGCAGCGCUGAGCUGCGGCUGGCGGCACUGCGCUGGCGCACGCCGGACGGCGCGCCGCCCGGCGACGGCACCGACGAGCGCUGCGCGCUGCGCCCGCUGGCUGAGCUGCUGAACGCCGACUGCCGCGUCGCCGCCGUUACGCUCGCUGCACUGUUGCUCGUGCUGGCCAUGGCCGCGCUCGCGGCCGCCGCGCUGCACUGCAAGCGCCGCGCUGAGCGCGACUACCUCGCGCGGCUCGCCGCGCUCUCUUUGCGCACGCUGCCUACCAAGUCGGACGGCCUCGACCGCUGGGAGGUAUCACGCGAGCGCGUCGUCAUCAACCGUAAGCUCGGCAUGGGCGCCUUCGGAACCGUGUAUGGUGGACACGCCCUCCUCGCCGAGGAUCGCGGCUGGACUGCCGUCGCUGUAAAGACGCUCAAGGCGGGUGCAACCACCGAGGAGAAGCUCGACUUCCUUUCGGAGGCAGAGACAAUGAAACGUUUCGAUCAUAAGAACAUCGUGCGGCUCUUGGGCGUCGUGACGAAGACGGAGCCGGUAUGCACCGUGAUGGAGUUCAUGCUGUAUGGGGACCUGAAGAACUAUCUGCUGGCGCGGCGGCACCUGGCGGGCGGCGCGCUAGUGGACGCGGAGCCGGACGAAGGCGCGGACGAGGUGUCGCCGCGCCGCCUCACCGCCAUGGCGCUGGACGCGGCGCGCGCGCUCAGUUACCUGGCGCAGCUGCGCUACGUGCACCGCGACGUGGCCGCGCGCAACUGCCUCGUGUCCGCGCGUCGCGUGCUCAAGCUCGCCGACUUCGGCAUGACUCGACUCGUCUUCGAGAACGACUACUACCGCUUUAGUCGCAAGGGCAUGCUGCCGGUGCGCUGGAUGGCGCCGGAGAGCUUGACUCUGGGCGUGUUUUCUCCGGCCUCCGACGUGUGGUCUUUCGGUGUGCUACUUUACGAGAUCGUCACUUUCGGCUCGCUACCGUUCCAGGGCCUCAGCAACGCCGAAGUUCUAACACGGGUCAAAGGGGGCCACACGCUCGAGUUGCCGCCUGGACUGAAACCGCAGCUCGAGGGGCUGAUCAAGUCGUGCUGGCAGCGAGAGCAUCGCUCGAGGCCGAGCGCGGCGCAGGUGGCGGCGCUGCUGGGCGAGUCGCCACGGCUGCUGGCGCCGUGCCUCGACGUGCCGCUGGACGCGCUGCCUCUGGACGCCGAGCCGCCGUGGCGCGCGCCGCCCGACCGCGCGCAGGCCCUCUGGCUCUCGUGGACCGCACCCGCGCCCGCUUCCGCACCCGCCUCCGCGCACACCGACACCACCUACCUCAGCUCCGAGCCGCGCGACACAGACCGCUUCCUGUCCUGA